AUUCAAUCGAUCGGGACCAGCUGACAGCCUCCGAUGAAUGUGACGUGACCGCUCCAUAUGGGGGCUCAUUUCUAAGCACCCCACGUCUUCUGCCCCUCACCCCACUGCGCCGUCAGAGCCGGGGACGGAGGGUAUAUCAGUACUAAAUAAUCCCACCCUUCUCAUGUCCUCUUUUUUCUUGCCGCCCACAUCCAACCGCGAAUUCAGACACAAUGGCAGAGCAGAAGCCCAACAUUACUCUCUACACCACUCAAACGCCCAAUGGCAUCAAGAUUUCCAUCACAUUGGAAGAACUUGGCUUGCCUUACGAGGUCCGCAAAGUAGACAUUUCCAAGCACGAGCAAAAGGAGGAGUGGUUUCUCAAGAUCAACCCCAAUGGCCGUAUCCCUGCCUUGACAGACACUUUCUCCGAUGGCGAGUCGAUUCGGCUCUUUGAGUCUGGCUCCAUUAUGCAAUACCUUGUAUCGCGCUAUGACAAGGAUUACAAAAUCUCCUACCCUCCGGGGUCGCGCGAAUUCUACGAGAUGAACAACUGGUUGUUCUUCCAGAACGCUGGCGUGGGUCCCAUGCAAGGCCAGGCCAACCAUUUCACUCGCUACGCCCCAGAUAUCUUUGAAUACGGUAUCUCGCGCUACCAAAACGAAACGCGUCGUCUCUACGGCGUUAUGAACAAGCGUCUUACCGAGACUGGAGGCUUCCUGGCCGGCGACAAAUGUACUAUUGCAGACAUUGCGCACUGGGGCUGGGUCGCAGCUGCUGGUUGGGCGGGCGUUGAGAUUGACGAAUUCCCCGCUCUUAAGGCAUGGGAGGACCGUAUGGCCGAGAGACCCGCUGUGGAAAAGGGCAGACAUGUGCCCGAGCGGCAUACGAUCAAGGACCUUUUGAGGGACAAGCAGAAGAUGGAAGAGCAUGCGGCGGAGUCGAGGAAGUGGGUCCAGGCCGGCAUGAAGAGUGAUGCAAAACAAUAAGGGCAGUGAGUUUGAUUGACUGCGUAGCAGAUGCAUGGAGAUUUGCGCUCAAACAAGCUUGCUUUGUGGGGGCGAAGUAUUAUUAUCCUAUGGCCUGAAGCGUUGGUCUAGAUAUUGGAUGCUAUGAGCGGGUUGUGGGCACUUCUCAAUCAUUUUCGAAGAGUGAGCAUUCUGAUUAGGUGGGCUACAUUAAUUGUUAGGUGGGCUACAUUUAUUGUUAGGUGGGCUACAUUUAUUGUCAAAUACAGUAAGUCCCAUAUUCGAAUCCUAUAGUUGUCAACAUGUUUGCAAUUUGUUGGCUGUCUGGAAGCCUAUAUCUCCUUCCCUUUCCGGUCUCUGAUUGGUCUACUGUUUGUUUUUUUUUUUUUUUUUUGUUUCUUU